AUGUCUUCAAACAAGGACCAUACCUCGACUCCUCAAUCCUACUUGGACCAGGCCACAGGCGCUGUCCAGAGCGCCAUCGGCUCUCUGACGGGUAGCACCGCCGACAAGGCUCAAGGCGAGAACCGCAAAGACGCCGCGGCCGCCGAACAUGAUCUCUCUCACUCAGCCGCCAAAGCCGGUCCCUUCUCCGUAACCCCCUCAGGCGGCGUCGCAAAGGACAACUCGGACCGCACCGAAGGCUCAUGGAACCAAAACAUGGGCGCCGCCAAAGAAGCGCUCGGCGGUCUUGUCGGUGCCGAGGGCCUCAAGCAGCAGGGUAUUCAGCAGAACAAGGAGGGCAAGGAGCAAGAAGCUGCUGGACAGGUCAAUGACCUCGGCAAGGGCAUCGGAGAUAGGCUUGGUGGUACGGUUGGCGGUGCUGUUGCAAGUUUGACCGGCAAUGCAGCGCAAAAGGAAGAGGCGCAACGGCAGCACGAUGAGGGAAAGGCGAGGCAGAGGGGUGUCGAAGCAGACUUGCAAAAGCAGGCUGAGGCCGAGAGGCGUUAA